CUUCCUCAUCAACACACCAUUUUCACCACUCCAACACCCACCGAUAACCACCUGUCCUUGCUCCAAGUCCAGAGCCGCCAACCAGCACAGACAAAAACACACUGGUUUCAGUCUCGUCUUUGCCCAUUCUUCGCCUGUUUGUUUUUAGCAUCACAACACAGCCGGAACCCCGUGGUUUUGCUCUCGGCCACCAUGGAGAUCCAUUCGGUCCUACCUGAAGAACGCGCGAGAGAUCCCAAGGGCGAGACACUUCCCUGGGGCUACCGGUAUGCAGACUCGGCACGAAACGCACGCCAACCCGAAGAAAGUGGCCCCUUCGGUCGAAACCGCAGUCUCAGGACGACGGGAUCACGGACGCCACGCGCGCGCACGGGAACCACACCGGUCCGGCAGAAGGAGAACACGGCCGUCGCAGAGUUUGGGCGGUUGUUUGCGAGGGAGCAGGCGAAAGAGGAAGAACGGACAAAGACGACGACCCCGGGAGCGGGGGCCACAGGCACGAGUACGGUCGACGCGGCGCGGAUAGGAGGUGGCGAGCCGGAGGCCGUGCCCACGGAGUGUCUCCUCUACGGCUACGCGGGCAAACACUCGGAGUGGAAGGUGCUGAGCAAGUUCGAGUCGAUAGUGUCGCCGGGUUACAUUGUCGAAGAUUAUCCGCGCGAAGACCCGGCGUUGUUCCUCUCGUCGAAUUCUCCCCUGGGCCGCUUGGCGAGACCGCCGUCGGUGGGGGUCGCGCGCGAGAACCUGUCCCGGGAGGCGAUACGCAAGAGCAGGAUCUACAGUGGAGGAGCUCACUGGAUCAAGGUCACGUUCGACAGCUACCAGGCCGCCGAGAGGGCGUGUUUUUACUCUCCGCUCGAGAUCGACGGGUACAUGGUACAUUGCGAGAUGUGGCAGGGGAGAGGGCCCGGUGCGGACGUGGCCCUACCCAAAGGUCCUGUCGGUCAAGAGCACGUCGGGGCCGGGUUACUGGCGACGACGACCGGGGCUGAGGCUGGUGCAACAAACAACACCAACAACAAAACCGGUAGAGCACGCACGUUCAGCGCGGCCACGGGCAAAGACUCAGCCAUUGCCGGCUUCGAAAGAGCCAUGCAGACGUUACCUCGAGGCCACACGGUGCAGGAUACUCAGUACGGACAGCCCGAGGGGGAUGAAGAAUCGACGACGGCGAGUUCGGCAACAGCCACCGCGACGGACGUCCUCGAACCUCUCCUCUCUCCGACGUCGGGCUCGAGUGGUGGUGGUGGUGGUGGUGGUGGCGGUGGUACUCUGCGUUCGCGCUCCGUGCCGAAUCUACCCAGCCAGGAGAUCACGAGUCGCCAACCCAGUCGGUCAGAGUACAUGACUCACAUCAAGGUGAAGAAGGCGGUGCUGCGGCCGAUUUCCGAGGCGCUCCCCCCACAGCCGACCUUUGCGGAGCGCGCGUUGAGAAGUAUACCCGUCGUUGGGGGCCUCGUGGGAGGAGGGGGAGUAGGAGUCGUGGCGGGCAAGCAGGCCGCCGCCGGGUCGCAGUCCACUGGGGUGCUUUUGGGAGUCGAGGGUCCGUUGAUCAGAGAGGACGGUUCUUGGGAUCCAGCUAAUGGCUGGUACUGGUCCUUUUGGAGACGGAUAGACGAUUGUUUCGGCACGGACAUGUGUGGCAUGAAGGAUGAUUGAUUUAUGAUACUCGGGUUCUGCGGAAUCUGUCCCCUGUCUCUGGUCUCUCACUCUCUCACACAACCACACUCCAACUUCCUUCAUCCGACCACCAUUCUAGAGACGUUGCUGGACAUUGAAUUUUGGGGUUCAUAUUCAACGCCAAUGGAAUAAGGAAAAGCGUGGCGUUCUUCAUAUCGAUGGAGUAAUGUACUAUUAGUUUCAGGUAAGACGGGGGGAGGUUUAUUCCUCUUUUUGCAUAUAGCAUACGGAGUACAGUGAGCAUGACCCGUGACUCGAGUAACUCGUCUGCAUGGACACAGAGCGAGGAGCAUGGCACUACGAGCUGGCAUUGUAUACCACGGAGAUACAGGGAGUCCACCUACGCUCAUCGACACAAACGUCCUCGAAUCAUCACGAGAGGCAAAAAGACCUUGACGGGGUUCCCCCAUGUACGAGUGACUGUUACCACAAAUUGCGAGAGGCUCGGCAAAUCGACCAGGCUUCAUCCUUUCCGGUUUCUUUGUGCAACCAGUUUGACCGAUGCAAGUGUGUCUCCAUCUUGUCCUGGG